GUGACCCAACACCAGACGAUGGGUGAAGACGGCCAACCACAGGAGAUGGCAUUCAGGAGCUCCCCGAGGGCCAGUGCGCCCAAACCUGAGGUCAAACAGAAUGGGGACUCUAAGGGGAGGAGAGGGAUCCCCCAGAAUCUGCCUGUAGAGCAUCACUUUGCGUGUAAAGAGUGUGGGGAUGCGUUUCGGCUUAAGGUCCUCCUUGUGCAGCACCAGAGAAUUCACAGUGAGGAGAAGGGCUGGGAGUGUGGGGAUUGUGGGCAGGUCUUCAGGGGGGUCUUUGAGUUCAAUGAGCACCGGAAGAGCCACGUGGCUGUAGAGCCCCGCCCCGGCCCAAGCCAGGCCCUGGAUGAUGCCACGGAGAAGAGGGAGCAAAUGGAGGAGGAGGCAAAGCCCUUCGAGUGUGAGGAAUGUGGGAAGAGGUUUAAGAAGAACGCAGGCCUUAGUCAACAUCUGCGAGUCCACAGCAGAGAGAAGCCCUUUGACUGCGAGGAGUGUGGGCGGUCCUUCAAAGUGAACACCCACCUCUUUCGCCAUCAGAAGCUGCAUAUUUCGGAAAAGCCCUUUGCCUGCAAGGUCUGUAGCAGGGAUUUCCUGGAUCGCCAGGAGCUUCUCAAGCACCAGCGAGUGCACACUGGCCACCUGCCUUUCGACUGUGACGACUGCGGCAAGUCCUUCCGAGCGGUCAACGGCCUGGCCGAGCACCAGCGCAUCCACAGCGGUGCCAAGCCUUAUGGGUGUGCCCACUGCGGCAAGCUGUUCCGGAGGAGCUCAGAGCUCACUAAGCAUCGGCGGAUUCACACGGGCGAGAAACCAUAUGAGUGCGGCCAGUGCGGGAAGGCCUUCAGGCAGAGCUCCAGCCUCCUGGAGCACCAGCGCAUCCACACGGGCGAGCGGCCCUACGCGUGUGGCGACUGCGGCAAGGCCUUCCGGGGGCCCUCCGACCUGAUCAAACACCGGCGGAUCCACAGUGGACUGAAGCCCUAUGAGUGUGACAAGUGCGGGAAGGCCUUCCGGAGGAGCUCGGGCCUGAGUCGCCAUCGGAGAACCCACAGUGGAGCCAGACGCUGUGAGUGCAGUGAGUGUGGCCGCGUGUUCAAGAGGUGGUCCUCGCUGCAGAAGCAUCAGCCAACCCAUCAGGAGUAGAUGAGGCCCGCAGACCCUUGUCUGUCAGUGGGUCCCUGCCCCCCCUAACCCCCCCCCACCCUAGAGUGGGAUGGCAGAGUCAAAGGAGAUGAACAGUUUUGUAGCGCUUAUAUAUUUUAUUGUCAGAAAGGUUGAAACCAAUUUAUACUGCCACCAGCAAUUUAUAAGUGAACAUUUCCCAUUUUGCCUCUCGAGAGUAGCUUUGUCCAUUUUAACUCAUUUCAGCGAGUUUAUCUGACAUCAAAUAUCUUCAAGGUAUUUAAAUCUGCAGGCCUUGAAUCUGAGAAUGAGAGAAGAGAAACCUGGAUGUGGGGCUCGAGGGCAGCUUGUUGGUCCUCCCCUCUGAGCUCCCACCUCAGGGAAGCUGACACAGCUGUUCAGUGAUGGUGUCAACGUAAAGUGAGCCCAACUUUCCCGAAGAAAAGAUUGCCCCCAAAGUCUUUUGGCCUACUUGAAUCUAUA